AUGCACAGAACCUACUCCUUGAGAUCCCUGAGAGCCCCUACCGCUGCUCAAUUGCAGGCUCCUCCUCCACCUCCUUCUUCCACCAAGUCCAAGUUCUUUGGCAAGGGCUCGCUUUCCUCUUCUUUCAGAAAGCAAACUGCCGGUGCCUGGGGCCCCGAGUUGCUGAGAAAGUUGGCCCAGUUGGUCAAGAUGGAGAAGAACUUGAUGCGUUCUAUUGAAAUCACCUCCAACGAGAGAAAGGAGACCGCUAAGCAGUUGUCCUUGUGGGGUGAGGCCAACGACGACGACAUUUCCGACAUCACUGACAAGUUGGGUGUUUUGAUUUACGAGAUUGGUGAGUUGGAGGACCAGUUCAUCGACAGAUACGACCAGUACAGAAUCACCUUGAAGUCCAUCAGAGACAUUGAGGGUUCCGUGCAGCCUUCUAGAGACAGAAAGCAGAAGAUCACCGACAACAUUGCUUACUUGAAGUACAAGGACCCUCAAUCUCCAAAGAUUAACGUCUUGGAGCAGGAGUUGGUCAGAGCCGAGGCUGAGUCUCUUGUUGCUGAGGCCCAGUUGUCUAACAUCACCAGAGAGAAGUUGAAGACUGCCUUCAACUACCAGUUUGACUCCACCAGAGAGCACGCUGAGAAGAUCGCCUUGAUUGCCGGCUACGGUAAGGCCCUCUUGGAGUUGUUGGACGAGUCCCCAGUCACCCCAGGUGAGACCAGACCUGCCUACGACGGCUACGAGGCCUCCAAGCAGAUCAUUGUCGACGCCGAGAACGCCUUGGCUGCCUGGACUUUCGACACCGCCGUUGUCAAGCCAACCUUGUCUUUCGCUGCCCACGAGGACUACGAUGCCGAUGAAUUGGCUGAGGAGACCGAGAACUUGAAGGUCACCGAAAACGAGUGGGAGGAGGAGCAGAAGGCUCACGCUUAA